GAUUUUUAUCCUGGUGGAUGUCCUAUGCGUGGGUGUAGCUGCGCUGCCGUUUAUAAUCAUGACAGCCGUGUUCCAGCCGUUCGAGCGCGGUGUGUACUGCGAUGACGAGAGCAUUCGUUACCCAUACAAAUCGGAUACCAUCUCACACGGCAUGAUGGCCGCCGUCACCAUCUCCUGCUCCAUCAUCAUCAUCACUACAGGAGAAGCCUACCUGGUCUACACCAAGCGUCUCUACUCCAAUUCAGACUUCAACCAGUACGCAGCGGCGCUCUAUAAAGUGGUGGGCACGUUUCUUUUCGGCGCCUGCGUGAGCCAGUCUUUGACAGACAUGGCUAAAUUUACCAUCGGCCGCCCGCGACCAAACUUCAUGGCCGUCUGCGCUCCCAAAGAAUGCAAGGGCUACGUGGCGAACAUCAACUGCACAGGAAACUCACGCAACGUCACUGAGUCCAGGUUGUCGUUCUACUCUGGUCACUCUUCGUUCGGGAUGUACUGCAUGCUGUUUUUGGCGUUAUAUGUCCAGGCACGCAUGGCAUUCAAAUGGGCACGCCUUCUCCGGCCCACGAUCCAGUUCUUCUUGGUUGCGUUUGCAGUCUAUGUAGGCUACACGCGGGUUUCUGACUACAAACACCACUGGAGUGAUGUGCUUGUGGGUCUGCUGCAGGGGGCGCUCAUCGCCAUCCUUAAUGUCCGAUACAUCUCAGACUUUUUUAAGGAGCGCCCCCCUCUCCGGUGCACCGAGAGGGAGGAGAGCGAGGACACCGAGCGCAAACCAAGUAUGCAGAUAGUGGAUUCGGAGAGGAAUAACCAUUACAGCUUAGCUGGGAGUGGGACUGUAUGAGAGACCAUAACCUUUAUUCUGAUGUGUCCAGCAAUCACACCAAAGCCAAACAUGUAAAUAUAUAUAACCACUGGACCGGCUGCAGUGCUGCUCACUAACGAAUCCCCCUAAUUUCUGUAUCCCUGAGGCACCAGUGCAGCUACACUUGAGUGGCACCACUGACUACAGACUCUCUUCCACAUGUGGAUAAAUUCUUAUCGAUAUUUCUGUGUGUGUGUGUGAGUGUGUGUGCGUGCAUGCGUGGGUCUCUCUGUAUGUCUACAAUCUCUAUUCCUUUCUAUGCUAUAGAGGGUCUAUUUAUACUUCUGUAUCGACAUAAUGAUCAUACACCUGACUAAAAGUAUGUCAGCUGUCCUAGAGGAAACUGAUCAUCAAAACUUAAUCAUAAGAUUUUCGUCUUGAUUCAAAAGAGCUGAAUUUCGGAUGACGUUCUUGUUUUAUAGUUUGUGGCACCUUACAAAUCUUAAGCGUCUCAGUCAAAAAUUAUGUCAAUUAUUUAAGCUUAGUGCACACUACACGAUUUUAAGACCUGUUUUUUCUGUCACUGCCAAGUAUAAGGGAGCAAUGCUGGCACCCCUUUAUCUGCAGCUAAAAUGGUCCUUGUCCUAUUGCUCCAAAGUUGCUCCAAAUUUUAGGGGCAUAUUUGAAAGAAUCCUCCAUCAGAUAUAUAGUGAGAGCACUGAUGAGUUGUGGGUGCAUUGAUGAUCAAAAUCUGUCAAAAAACUGGCUUCCAAAGGCAGAGAACACGGGCGUCGUAUGGCACAGCAGUCUUAUGCAUUAGCCCACCAGUGCUUAGAGCUUAAGCUUGUGAGUUUCAAUCUCGGCUGUGCUUUUGACCUAGCCUAGCAAAUGGUCUGCAGGUCAGCCAUUGUUUCUCAUCGAUGCUGCAACUGUGGCCUUUGCUGGCAAGUCGAGGCAACUGCACGAAUCGUAGAUGGUUCAUGAAGGGUGUUGCAUGACUUUCUGUAUGCGCUAUGGCUCUGUCGGGUGAAAAGAGGCAGCUGGCAACGGCACACAUGUUGAAGGGUGCACGUGUUAGUCUCCAGCUCUUCUUGGUCAGAGCGGAGGUGGAGAAAGUGGCAGAGAACUUGUAAUGGCAAAUUGGAACUACAUUGGGAGAAAAAAGGGGGAAAUGAAAGACCACAAAAAAAGACCACAGGGCAGAAGAAGCUGUAAUAAUGGCUACACACAAACUACUUGGCUGUGUCCCAAACCUCAUACUGCAAUACUAAAUAGUAUGUUGAUAUACUACGCACUAAAUCAUAAUUUUAAAUGUCAGUACUCCGGUGGCAGCAUCGCCUUUCAUCCACUUUGUAAGUGCUUCAGUGAGACAGUGAGAGAAAUCAUUUAUUCUAAUCAAUAUAUCAUGCUGAAAUAGAACAUGCACCCUGGUAAUUUUCUCAUCAUGGUUUCAUUGUGUUGUUCUUGUGAUCAUCGCUUCUUUAGAUCAUGGUCUUGUAAACAAGCUAAACCUGCUCCUUGUGGAUUCACAGCAAAUUGAUCUUCCAUGUAUUUGUGCAUUAUUCUGGCAGUCAUUUAAUAAUUCUUGCCUUCAUUUUCCUAGACGACUGAUCACACAAGCAAGAGAGUCGUAUAAUGGAAGCAGUCCAGCGAUUUGAAUAUUAAAGUUGUGUAGUGUGAACUAGGCUUAGAUAAAGAAAAGUAAAUAGUGGCUCGGUCUGUUGGAUUUCAGGACAAUGACGAAAAUGAGCCGAACCACUAAACUGUGUGAGACCGAGCCGGAUCAGUUCCUUCUCAGCGCCGUGCAUCGCGAGUGACGAGACGUUUCACUAUUUUGUUGUUGGUUAACGGGUCUCUGUAGGUUUGAAGAGGUUUUGUAAACAAAUUAGAUCCUGUGGUGGUGAUGACCUGAUGAUUUUCUAACCCUCUGGUUAUUAUGUAAUGGCAGUAGUGUUUUUUAAUGUACACCUAACACUUCCUUUACAAGACUGCACAAUGUGACUAAUUUUUACAUGUUUAUUUUAUGUGUCUAACUUUCUAAAAUACCACUAGAAAACUUUGCAUAUUUGCGACAUAUUACACUUUUUUAAUGCUUUUGUAUUUUUUAAUGUGAAUUUACAUUUAGGGAGUGUUAUUAUCUCACAACUAGAUAAAGUAAAAUGCUGACAAAAUAAGCUUAUGAAUGUAGUUUUGUCUUCUUGCUGUUCGAACAGACAGCAGUAAACAACGGUGAUGCUCAGUGGUGUGUAUCAUUAUCAAGUCAAGUAUGUCACUUAAAGUAAUCUGUGUAACACAAUAUAACAGUGUAUAGUUUUUCUAUGAUCAUGAAAGUUAAAAAUAAAUGAUUAUAAAUAUUUAA